AUGGGUCUCAACGACAGCAGCCCCGGUGCCAUGCGGAACGGCCGAGGCCUUACCGACCAGUGGGCAGAGUCGGUAGUGGUCCGACCUCGGACCACAGAGCGCCACAUCACUGUUCACAAGCGCCUGGUUCUGGGGUUCGCCCUUUCCAUCAUCACUCUCAUAAUCGUGACGGCGGUGGCCGUGGCGCUCAGCCUCCGCUUUGACGACUGUGGCGAACAGGAUCGCAGCGCCGGUAGAGGGGAGACGGGCUCAAGAGGGUCUGGAGGGAGACUCAACGGGAGCAGAGGGGAGAGGACGGGUGACAGAGGGGACGAAGAGGUGGUCCAGCCUUGGAAAAACUCCCGGCUUCCGGGCACGGUGAGGCCCCGGCACUAUGACCUGCGGCUUGCAGUCUACAUGGAGAACUUCACCUUCUCUGGAGAGGUCAGCAUUGAGCUGGAGUGUGUCAACGCCACGAGGUUCAUCGUGUUGCACGCCGAUCGCCUUGAGGUGGACCGGGUGUCCGUUGCAGCCGAGACGGGCGCCGGUGGCCGCCCGACCAACAGACCAGGGGGCGGAGUCAUGCGCAUCCACCGCCACUUCCCCUACCCGGCCAAUCAAAUGUACGUGGUGGUGCUGCACCGCGAGCUGAAGCCAAUGAGAGUUUAUCGGCUGAACGUGAGCUUCGAUGCCGCCAUCGAGGACGAGCUGCUGGGGUUCUUCAGGAGCUCGUACACCCUGCAGAGGGAGAGACGGUUCCUAGCGGUGACUCAGUUCAGUCCAAUCCACGCUCGGAAGGCUUUCCCCUGCUUUGAUGAGCCCAUCUACAAGGCCACCUUCUCCCUGAGCCUCCGCCACGACCCGCAGUAUACCUCCCUGUCCAACAUGCCCGUGGAGAGCAGCUCUCCGGCGGACGAGGACGGCUGGGUGACCAACCGCUUUGCCCGCACCCCUCGCAUGUCCACCUACUACCUGGCCUGGGCUGUGUGUAACUUCACCUAUAAGGAGACGCAGACCAAUGGCGGCGUGACGAUCCGCCUGUACGCCCGGCCGGAUGCCAUUUCGAGCGGCGCGGGGGACUAUGCUCUCCACAUCACCAAGAGGCUGCUGGGAUUUUAUGAAGACUACUUCAAAGUGCAGUACUCCCUGCCAAAGCUAGACCUGCUGGCUGUGCCUAAACAUCCCUACGCCGCCAUGGAGAACUGGGGGCUCAGCGUCUUCGUGGAGCAGAAGAUCCUGCUGGACGCCGAGGUUUCCUCAUCGUCCUAUCAGAUGGAGCUCACUAUGGUGGUCGUCCAUGAGAUCUGUCACCAGUGGUUUGGCGAUCUGGUGACUCCGGUCUGGUGGGAGGAUGUCUGGUUAAAGGAAGGCUUUGCUCAUUUCUUCGAGUACGUUGGAACAGACUUCCUCUUCCCAAAGUGGAACAUGGAGAAGCAGCGCUUCCUCACCGAUGUCCUCCAUGAGGUGAUGCUGCUGGAUGGACUGAGUUCCUCUCAUCCCAUCUCUCAGGAGGUGGAAGAGGCGACAGACAUCGACCGGGUCUUUGACUGGAUCGCCUACAAAAAGGGGGCAGCGCUGAUCCGGAUGCUGGCGAACGUAAUGGGACAGCCCUUGUUUCAGAAAGGACUCAACGAUUAUCUACUGAGUCACAUGUACGGCAACGCAGCGAGAGAUGACCUGUGGAACAAACUAACUAAGGCCAUGCAUUCAGAAGGUCAGGACAUCGACAUCGGAGAGAUGAUGGACAGAUGGACUCUACAGAUGGGCUACCCUGUCGUUACCAUCAGCAAGAACCAAUCCGAGCAACUGCCAACCCAUUACAUCACUAUCACCCAGGAGCACUUCCUGUAUGGAGAGGAAGUCAGAAAAAACAACAGUUUACAGUGGCAGGUCCCAUUGACCGUCGCCGUGGGAAACAGCUCCACUGUCUGCUUGGAGAGCCUCAUUUGGAUCAACAACAGGACAGAAACCCACAAGAUUGGUCAGAUGGAUGACAACGCCUGGCUGCUGGGAAACAUCAACCAAACUGGCUACUUCCGUGUGAACUAUGACCUCCAGAAUUGGAAGCUGCUUAUUCAGCAGCUACACAGCAACCCCCAUAUCAUUUCUGUUGGAAACAGAGCAGGUCUCAUUGACGAUGCCUUUAACCUGGCCAGGGCGGGCUACCUCCCCCAGGGCAUUCCCUUGCAGCUGAUUGGCUACCUACCGGAGGAGACGUCCUUUCUUCCAUGGCACGCCGCCAGCCGAGCGCUGUACCAGCUGGAUAAACUGUUGGACCGCACGGACGACUACAGGCUGUUCAGUGACUAUGUGCUGAAGCAGGUGGCAUCACGAUACCAUCAGAUGGGCUGGCCUACAAAUGGACCUGGAGCAGAAGGAAACAUCCUGCAGGCGUCCUACCAGACUGAAGAGUUGCAGAGAGAGCUGAUAAUGUUGGCCUGCAGCUUUGGGAACAAGCAGUGCCACCGUCAGGCUGUUGCCUACAUCUCUGACUGGAUCUCCAGCAACAAGAACAGGAUCCCCCCCAACAUCCGAGACAUAGUUUACUGCACCGGGGUCAGCCUGAUGGAUGAGGACGUGUGGGAGUUUAUCUGGAUGAAGUUUCACUCGACCACUGCAGUCUCUGAGAAGAAGAUCCUGCUGGAGGCCCUGACCUGCUCAGAUAACACCUUCCUCCUUAACAGGUUGCUGAAUCUGUCUCUGACCUCAGAACUUGUCCCAGAGCAGGAUGUGAUCGAUGUCAUCAUCCACGUUGGUCGAAACCCUCAAGGUCGAAAUCUGGCCUGGAAAUACUUCAGAGAAAAGUGGGACAUCCUGAAUGCCCGAUAUGGUGAAGCUUUGUUCAUGAAUUCAAAGCUCAUCGGGGGAGUCACAGAGUUCCUCAACACAGAAAGAGAACUCAAUGAGUUAAAGGAGUUUAUCCAGUCGAGUGGCGUAGGGGCGGUGCCUGCGCUGCCGCGAGCAUUGGAGAUCGUUGAAGGAAACGUCCGUUGGCAUCGCCUCCACCGGCGGCACUUCUACCAAUGGCUACGCAAACCUCCCAGCUACACUUACGGCUAGCUCUG